UCAAGCAUUAUUCGUAACGUUUUGAGGUUAGAAAGCUGGUUGAAUCAUGAGGCUAAAGCGAUUUCUGUUGAGGUACUACCCUCCAGGUAUCAUCUUGGAAUAUGAGCAGUCCAACAUCGUCAAGACAAAGUCCAUUGACCUCUUGGAUCUCAAGCCAGAGAGUGAUAUCGACGCCAUUCUGGAUGAGAUUGUGAGUAAGGAGCCUCUAGUCACAGCUAAUCGCACAUUACAGGUCAGACAGCUUAUAGAGAGACUACAGCAGAAGAUCGGCCUGAAUGAAGAGCACACAUUCUACCUUUUCAAGGCACUUCGAGCGCACAUCCUCCCUCUGACAAAUGUUGCAUUCAAUAAAUCUGGCUCCAGCUUCAUCACUGGUAGCUAUGACAGAACCUGUAAGGUAUGGGACACUGCCUCGGGGGAGGAACUUCACACGUUGGAAGGGCACAGAAAUGUAGUGUACGCCAUCGCGUUCAACAAUCCAUACGGGGAUAAAAUAGCAACUGGGUCGUUUGACAAGACGUGUAAGUUGUGGAGUUCAGAGACUGGGAAAUGCUACCACACAUUCAGAGGACAUACAGCUGAAAUUGUAUGUGUAGCCUUCAACCCACAGAGUACCAUACUAGCCACAGGUAGUAUGGACACAACCGCCAAGCUGUGGGACGUCGAGUCUGGGGAUGAAAUCUCAACAUUAGCUGGCCAUUCAGCAGAGAUCAUCUCCUUGUCGUUCAAUACAACUGGGGAUCGGAUCAUCACUGGAUCGUUUGAUCACACCGUCUCUGUCUGGGAUGUACACUCUGGCAGACGGAUCCACACCCUCAUCGGUCACAGAGGAGAGAUCAGCUCCGCCCAGUUCAACUACGACUGCUCGUUGAUCGUCACUGGUUCCAUGGAUAAAUCCUGCAAGAUAUGGGAUGCUAGUAACGGCAAAUGCAUCGGUACCCUGCGGGGUCAUGAAGACGAGGUCCUAGACGUUGUAUUUGAUUUCACCGGACAGUACAUCGCAUCAGCAUCGGCAGACAGUACAGCCAGGGUGUACAAUGCUGUCACCCAUAAUUGUAUAGCCAAGCUAGAAGGUCAUGAAGGGGAAAUAUCAAAGAUUACCUUCAACCCUCAAGGCAGUAAGUUAUUGACAGCGAGCUCGGACAAGACGGCCAGACUGUGGGAUCCACUGACAGGAAAGUGUCUGCAAGUUCUAGAAGGACACACGGACGAGAUCUUCAGUUGUGCAUUCAACUACGAGGGCAGUAUCAUCAUUACAGGAAGCAAAGAUAACACGUGUCGAAUCUGGCGGUGAAGAGACUCGUCUCAUCCUGGAUUGAAAAUGCAUCCUUUGGAAAGAAAAGACAUUAAUGCUGGUCUGCCCAUUGUUUUCGUAAGAUGAUUGUGAAUUCUGUUUAAAAGCAAUAAAGAUAAAAACUUGCAAUCUUUAAAGACCCUUAACCCUCCCUUGUCUGUAACAAACCUUUGACCUAACUGUGAGAUCUCUGGGGGUUUGUGUGACCUUUCCAGGACUGAUACUUCAAUGAGGCAAUUGCCUUUGUUGCCUCUGUGCCCCCCGGUCAUUGCCUUGGUGCCCUUGAAAUG